CUUUGACAGAAACAGUAACAUCCCUACACAUGUACAGCCGCGCCCCCGUCUCCCUCAUUUCAGCUGCGCUCCCCACAACCCACGGCGUGUCUUGGUAGCGCCCUCCCCGGUUCCUUGGGCACCGAGAGUGCACCUGCUGACUCAAUAAGACCGAACAUCCCUUGAUCCUAAGACUUGGGCGCCGGCGGAGUGGGAGUGGUGGCUGGGAGCUACGGAGGAGGCGCGGCACAGCCGUCGGCCGCUCUGGAGGUGAAAGAGCUGUGCUCACUGCCCACUGACCUUAGGCGCGCCGAGCAAGUGGGUCUGAGCAUCCCGAAUACCACAGCAUAAAUGGGGGCCAGGAGAAAGGAAGUCUAUCCCGGAUGAUGUAUACCACUUUGUCCACCCCUCUCCCCGUUCUCGCCCUCGAGGGGGGUUGGGACCCCGGUCUGGUCCCAGGGAGAUGGCGCAGCCCAUCCUGGGCCAUGGGAGCCUGCAGCCCGCCUCAGCCGCUGGCCUGGCAUCUCUGGAGCUGGAUUCAUCGCUGGACCAAUACGUGCAGAUUCGCAUCUUCAAAAUCAUCGUAAUUGGGGACUCCAACGUGGGCAAAACCUGCCUGACCUUCCGCUUCUGUGGAGGUACCUUCCCAGACAAGACUGAGGCCACCAUCGGUGUGGACUUCAGGGAGAAGACGGUGGAAAUCGAGGGCGAGAAGAUCAAGGUUCAGGUGUGGGACACAGCAGGUCAGGAGCGCUUCCGCAAAAGUAUGGUCGAGCAUUACUACCGCAAUGUACAUGCAGUUGUAUUUGUCUAUGAUGUCACCAAGAUGACAUCCUUCACCAACCUAAAAAUGUGGAUCCAGGAAUGCAAUGGGCAUGCUGUGCCCCCACUAGUCCCAAAGGUGCUUGUGGGUAACAAGUGUGACUUGAGGGAACAAAUCCAGGUACCCUCCAACUUAGCCCUGAAAUUUGCUGAUGCCCACAACAUGCUCUUGUUUGAGACAUCAGCCAAGGACCCCAAGGAGAGCCAGAACGUGGAGUCAAUUUUCAUGUGCCUGGCUUGCCGAUUGAAGGCCCAGAAAUCUCUGCUGUAUCGUGAUACUGAGAGGCAGCAAGGCAAGGUGCAGAAACUGGAGUUCCCACAGGAAGGCAACAGUAAAGCUUCCUGUCCUUGUUGAAGCCAAGAGGAGUAAAUAUAAGACAAACUAUUACUGGAAUUUUUUUCUUUCCCUUGUUUUCCGUGCCUGCAUAAUGCUGACACCUGCUUGCUUCCAUACAAAUUGAUAUCAAAAUAAAAUUUGUAUAGAUUA